CCACACAGUAGGGACCGACAUGCAACUUUAACGUAUGUUUGCGGACCGCCAAAAUACCAUAGAAGAAGACGAAGAAGAAUGGCUUCUCUGGUUGGAUGCGAACACUACGUGCGCAGCUGUUUGUUGAAAGCUCCGUGUUGUGGUAAAGCAUAUGUUUGUCGCCUGUGCCAUGACGCUGAGGAGGACCAUCAAAUGGACCGCUUCCUGGUCAAAGAAGUGCAGUGCUCAGUCUGCACAACAGUACAACAGGCACAACAAACUUGCGUGGAGUGUAAUGUGACCUUUGGGGAAUAUUACUGUGAUAUCUGUCACCUGUUUGAUAAAGACAAGAAGCAGUAUCACUGUCAGCCCUGUGGAAUUUGCAGGAUCGGACCAAGGGAGAAAUACUUCCACUGUGAGAAGUGCAAUCUCUGUUUAGCCGGAGAUCUAAGAGGAAAUCACAAGUGUGUUGAAAAUGUUUCAAGACAGAACUGCCCAGUGUGUAUGGAGGAUAUCCACACAUCCAGAAUAGGAGCCCAAAUUCUUCCAUGUGGCCAUCUUCUACACAAAACAUGCUUUGAUGACAUGGUCCAAACUGGUGCGUAUCGAUGCCCACUCUGUAUGCACUCUGCUUGGAAUAUGGAGCACAACUGGGAGCAGAUGGACAAGGAGAUCACUCAGUCACCCAUGCCCACUGAAUACCAGGAUGCCACUGUGAAGAUCAUAUGUAAUGACUGCCAAACCCACUGUACGGUGCCUUUCCAUGUUCUGGGAAUGAAGUGCACUGGCUGUGGGUCCUACAACACAGCACAGAAUGGUGGGCUGAUACGGCAGCCCCAGGAACCACAGCCCCAGGAGCCAGAGCAGCAGCCCCAGUCUCCAGUGCCAGAACCAUAGAAUUAGAAUAUGUAUCAUUUUAAUUCCAUUGGGACUCCACCCCCUAGUUCUCUAUGCUCCACAUUACUUCCCCAGUCUACGCAAGACUUAACUACACUAUCCACCUCUUUCCCAACAUUGAUCUGCCAAGAGUACAGGUAGUCAUGCCUGGGUUCCAGAACCUGGUGCCAGGACCUCAGGGAACCAAACUUGGAUCCCUCUCCUAAUGUGUUGUACAGCAAUUUUGGGAUUUAAUUUCUGUUAUUACAUGGCUAUUGAUCCAUUUGUUUCUCAGAUAAAAGCCAGCAUAAGAGAAUUGUGAAUGAGGAAUUAAAUAGUCAGCCACACAUCAUUUAUUUCCCAUUUUGUCCCAAGUUGGAAUGGAUUCAUGUGUGUCAGUAAUGCUUUCACCAAAUGAUUUAGAUUUUUGUUGGGGUUAAGAAUGCUGUUAUGUGAGGAGUUUGUAAAGCACUACAAUGUUUGACUGGCUUUGCGUUUCUAUAAACCUAUGUAAAUGCUUCAGACUGACAUUUUUACAAUGGUAAUGUAUUCCAAUGUCUGUUUGCAAAACUCAGGUAUUUGAAAUAGUUUAGAUACAGUUCAACAUCAAAUUGUGUUCAUUCCAUGUUUGAGUUGAAUAUGAAUUUCUGAUUAGACGAGUGAAUUAUCUUGAGUAACACGUAUGUAAAUUAUUGCAUAAUUACUACAGUUAGUCAAUGGCUGUUGGCAACUAUCUCACUCCAUGCUUAGCUCAUAUUGUCAGUAUUGUCGCUCAAACAUGAGAGAAAUAGAGUGAAAAUAUUGCAUCUGUAUUGCCUUUGGUGUCAUUCAUUGAUGCAGGUUUUGGGAUUUGGUGACAUUUACUGUAACGACUAAUACAUACCAUGAUUGUGCUGAAUGAUGUUAUUUAAGAUUUGCAUCACAGUAAUUCCGAAAUAAAUAUAUAAGAUAAUA